AUGACUUCUUACCCUCUCGGCUUCCGCGUGGCACAGGCUGUCGGCAUUUCCGGCGCAGCAUGGUUAUCCGGAAACAUCGCGGCCAUAAGUCUCAUCGGCACGCCCGCUAUCAUUCAGUCGCAGAAAGAAGAAAACGUUUCCCGGGGCCUGCUGGCAAGACAGUGGAAGAGCAUGUACGAUAACGGCAAAUCGCAAAAUCCUCCUAUCGCGCUCUGCGUGAGCUCUGCAUUCCUGUAUCUAGCCUGGUCUGUUCGUGCGGGAUCGCCCCUUUACAAGAAGACGAGUAUUAGUCGGGCGGGCUUGUUCUCUGCGGCCGCGGCCUUCACGCUCUGUAUUGUCCCGUAUACGUUUGUGGCGAUGUCGAGUACGAAUAAUAAACUCCUGGAGAAUAGCGAGUCUUCAAGUGAGUUUUCGGAUAAGGAGACGCUUGGGCUUGUGCAGCGUUGGACGACGUUGAAUCAGGUUAGGGGAUUUUUGCCCUUGGUUGGGGGUUUCUGUGGGAUCGCUGCUUCGUUCUUGUGA